ACCGUGAAGAAAGAGAGAGAGAGAGAAUCACGUGAGGAUGCACACACGUUCUCGAAGUUCUGGAAGCUGAGUGAUGAAGAUGACGGAGAGGUGUCGUAACAUCUGGACCAUAUGAUUGAAGUGGUGGAAAGAGAAAGCGCACGCGAGUUGGGGGGAAAUUAACACAGAAGAUAAAAGCUUGAAGAAAAAAAUCUGUAUCCGUUGCAACAAUUGGGUGACCAGGAAGAAAAGGAGAGAGAGAGAGAGAGAGAGAGAGAGAGAGGAACAUCGGAGCUCCGCUAGCGGGCGGGAGGGACUGGGCAAUUGCACUCGAGAAGCAGAGAGUGGAGAUAUAAAGAAGAAAUCUUUUGGGCUUUUGAGGGGUAGUCCUUUUUGCAUACAUAAAUGAAAAGUCUCGGGGGAGUAGCAUCCUGGAACUCUAGAAAAAAACGAGAUAGAGCAAAUAAAGGGAGACGCACAGAGGGAGACAGGAAAUCGAGAAAAAUCUAGAGGCUGAAAAUCCCGAAGAGGAGAAAGCAAGGGUCGGAGAAUUAAGGGAGACCUUCAAUAGGGAAGAAGGAACAGGAAAGAAUCAAAAGCUGGCAGGAAGGAGGAAGAAGAGGAUUUCUCAAAGUUAUUCACAGCAAAAGGGAGCUCAAGUUUAAUUUUUAGAGGCUUUGGAAAGGAGGCUAAUUUAUUGCCAUGGCUUUUGGUUUGCUUGGUUCCUUUAACUUCCUCGAGAAAUUUCUGAUCCAAACUUUUUAAAGAUUCCAACCACUCCUACCUUUUCUGACACCAAAAAAAGAUUUCUUUUAAGAAGGUCUUUUUUUCUUAACAUAAGAAGAUAAUGGUUCGUGGAAGAGAUGCUUGUUGGGAGCACUGUGCCCUUGUGGAUGCAACAAGACAGAAGGUCCGCUGUAAUUAUUGCCAUCGGGAGUUCAGUGGAGGAGUUUAUAGGAUGAAGUUUCAUUUAGCCCAAAUAAAAAAUAAAGAUAUUGUUCCAUGUGCUGAAGUCCCCGAUGAGGUACGGGAUUGUAUUCAAAGUAUACUAAGCGUAUCCAAGAAACAGAAAAGUCCCAAAAAAGCAAAGAUCGAUAAGACAAUACCCAAUGGUCAACAGAAUAGCUCCUCUGUUAGUGGUGGUUUUCACCCUAACCAUGUAUCUAGUGGACAGGAUGGCAGCAGUUGUCCAUCUUUGGUAUUUCGACAUCCUUCACCAUGCACCCAACCGGUACCGGAUGAUGCUCAAAAGCAAAAGGAGGAUGAUGCUGAUCGAAAGAUUGCUGUUUUUUUCUUCCAUAAUUCUAUUCCUCUUGGUGCUGCUAAGUCCAUGUAUUAUCAAGAAAUGGUGGAUGCUGUAGCAGAGUGCGGUGUAGGUUAUAAAGCCCCAACUUAUGAUAAGUUGAGGUCCACCCUCUUAGAAAAAGUGAAAGGGGAUAUACAUGAUUCCUAUAAGAAACUUAGAGAUGAGUGGAAAGAAACUGGUUGCACAAUCUUGUGUGAUAGCUGGACAGAUGGCAGAACAAAGUCACUUCUUGUAUUUUCAGUUACAUGCCCUAAGGGGACCUUAUUUUUGAAGUCAGUUGAUGUCUCAGGUCAUGAAGAUGACACUACCUAUUUAUUUGAAUUGCUCGAGUCUGUUGUACUGGAGGUUGGUGUAGAAAAUGUUGUUCAAAUAAUAACUGAUAGUGCUGCCAGUUAUGUUUAUGCUGGAAGGCUUCUCAUGACCAAGUAUAGUUCUUUGUUUUGGUCUCCCUGUGCUUCGGUUUGCAUUGAUAAGAUGCUGGAGGAUUUCGGCAAACAUGAAUGGGUGAGUAUAGUCCUUGAGGAAGCAAAGACCAUUGCAAGGUACAUAUAUAGUCAUGCAUGGACUUUAAAUAUGAUGAGAAAAUUUACCGGUGGAAAGGAAUUAAUAAGGCCCAAAAUUACGAGAUCUGUGACCAAUUUUCUCGCCUUAAGGACCAUUGUGAUUCAAGAAGACAAUUUGAAGCACAUGUUUUCCCAUUCAGAAUGGCUAUCAUCCAUAUAUAGCAGACGACCUGAUGCUCAAGCUAUUAAGUCCUUGUUACAUUUGGAAAGAUUUUGGAAAUCAGCACAUGAAGCAGUUAGUGUUUCUGAACCCCUGAUUAAAAUGCUGAGGGUUGUUGAUGGAGACAUGCCUGCUAUAGGUUACAUGUAUGAGGGAAUAGAGAGAGUAAAGCUCUCAGUCAAGGCAUAUUAUAAAGGCAUUGAAGAAAAAUAUAUGCCAAUCUGGGAUAUAAUCAACCGGAGAUGGAAUACGCAACUUCACUCAUCAUUGCAUGAUGCAGCAGCAUUCCUUAAUCCUUCAAUUUUUUACAACCAGAACUUCAAGGUUGAUUUAAAAAUGAGGAAUGGAUUUCAAGAAGCUAUGAUAAAGUUGGCUACAACAGAUAAUGAUAAAAUAGAAAUCACCAAGGAACAUCCAAUAUACAUAAAUGCCCAAGGAGCUCUUGGAACUGACUUUGCAAUCAUGGGAAGGACACUGAACACCCCAGGUGAUUGGUGGACAAGCUAUGGGUAUGAAAUCCCGACCCUGCAAAGAGUUGCAAUAAGGAUAUUGAGCCAGCCUUGUAGUUCUCACUGGUGCAAAUGGAAUUGGAGCAUAUUUGAGAGCAUUCACAGCAAGAAACGUAACAAAGCGGAACUGGAGAGGCUUAAUGAUUUCGUUUUUGUGCACUGCAACCUUUGGCUACAGGCAAUUUGUAAAAGUAGGGACAGAAAAUGUAAACCCAUAUUUUUUGAUGAAAUAGACGUUAGUUCAGUGUGGCCCACUGAGUUGGAACCUUCAACCCCUUUAUGGGAUGAUUCAUGGUUAGACAAUUUGCCUCUUGAAUGCAGAGGUAGUCCUUAAAAUUAUGAAUUAGUUUAAGUUAAUAUGAGUAGUGGUUGGUGAUCAUGUAUAGUUAAAAAAGAUCCCUUUUUCUAAUUGAUUAAUAUUUGAUCAAUCUAAU